AUGUCUUCCGCAUCGGUUCCGCCGCCGGUGGCGCCGGAGCGGAGGGUGCCCGUGGUGGUGCCGGUGGUGCCACACUUGGCUGAGGAGGGAGGAGGCGGGAGCGGGAGCGGGGGCAUGGCGGGGAUAUCGCCGAGCAUCCUUAUCAUCGCCGUAAUCGUGGUGGUGAUGCUUCUGGCGUCCAUCUCCAUCCACUACUUCAUCCGCAGUCUCUGCCGCCGCUCCCCCUCCUCCGCCUCGGGGUCCUCGGCGCCGCCGCUCCCGCUCGUGGCGGUCCGCAGCUCCGCGGUGGCCCCGGCGGCGGCGGCGGCGGCGCCCGUGGCCGACCAGGGGAAGGAGGCGGCCGCGGAGAGGGAGCGGCUCAUCGGGCGGCUGCCGCUCUUCACGCUGGCGUCGUCCCUCGCCGCGCUGCCCAGGUCGUCCAGGGACUGCGCCGUGUGCCAGUGCGUGUUCUGCGCCGACGACGAGCUCCGCCUCCUGCCGGCGUGCCGCCACGCCUUCCACUCCGGCUGCGUCGACCCGUGGCUCCGCGCCAACCCGUCCUGCCCGCUCUGCCGCGCCUCCAUCGCGCUCCCGUACCCGCCGCUCCCCGAGCUCCUCCGCGUCGAGCUCGGCAGCGUCAGCAGCCGCCGCUCCACGUCGUCCUCCUCCUCCGCGGCCGUCGCCGCGGCGCCGCCAGAGGGAGUCCGGGCGUACCCGCUCCCCAACUCCAACACCAACACAGAGUACCUCGUGGAGGAGGACCUCCAGGUCGUCCUCAAGCCGCCCAGCGCCGCCAACCCGGCGCCGCCGCCGCCCCCCACGGCUCGAAUUACCGGCGAGCCGAGCCAGCAGCUGGCAGCCGCGGCGGAGCGCGGGCUGUCGUCGUCCGUGACGCCGACAGCGUCGUUCAGGUCGGUGGGGCGUUCCAGCAGCAGGUGGAGCAACCGGUGGAGCAGCCGGUGGAGCAGCGGGCGGUGGAGCAGCCGGCACGACGCCGGGAGCGUGACGGCCGCCGCCACGGCCGAGUGGUGGUGGGACAUGGACGGCGGGGUGGCGCCAGCGUCGCGGCGGGCCGAGUCCGAGGACGGCAGCGCCUUCUACGGGUUCGUGCGGUGGCUGACGGGAGCAUACUAG